AUGGUUGGGGUGCCCCGCAGCAAAGGUUGUCGUACAUGCCUAGAACGACGAGUCAAGUGUGACGAGAAUUUCCCCACGUGUAAACGCUGUGACAAACGUGGCCUCCAGUGCCCAGGGUACAAUAGGCCGCGCAAGUUCUACCAUUUUAUUGGGCCUUCUGGUGAACAGCUCACCACUUCCGGAUUGCCUCAAUAUAUCAUAGACGACUCGGUGUCCCUAAGGCUGAAUCGCACGGCUUGUGUGACCCAACAAAAGGAAGCAUUCGGCCUCUUCGUCGACACCACGUUCCCAGGCUUGUACUACGCAUGGAGUUCCCGCGUCGACGUGAACUUCAUAGAAUUUGUUCGCCAGCAAGAUGAUUCAUCAUUCGGCGCCUUGAUGUUGGGUGCUCGGAUCUUGGGCACACUGCACUUGGGUCGGCUUUAUAAGGACGAGGACAAAAUUGCUUCUUGCCGCUCGAUGUAUAGCCGAGGCCUACAAUGUCUGGCCGAGUUGAUCAGGAACCCUCAAACAGUCAAAUCCGAUCACACCCUAGGUGCUGCAGUGCUACUAGCUAUUUAUGAGAUUCUGGACGGGACCGGUCAGAAUUCCUGGCUCACACAUUCGCGCGGUAUCACUGCCUUGUUCCGACAUCGAGGGGCCAGAGCCCAUAGCCACGGAGUUGGACACAUGCUACUUAUCGCGUUCCGUUCUUUCAUCGUCGCCGAUGCUCUGAUUCGCAACGAGCCUUGCUUUUUGGCGGAACCAGAAUGGAGGUCUAUCAUAAAGGUCUCAGUCCGGCAGGAGGGACUUCUCGGCAAAGGAAGUAAACUAGGCGAUUUGAUCGAAUAUUCCUUCCAUGAUAUUACCAUCAUCCCCGGCUUGGUGGUGCGGACACGUUCAUUAUCCAAUAAGCUAACUCAUGACAACCCAGUACGAAGACAAAAACUUAUGAGGGAGCUGAUGCAAAGUCGAGAGAGGCUCACGGACCUGCACAGUCAGUUAGUGACCCUCUCUUCCCAUGAUAUCCGCCUUGAGGAUAGGCCAGGUGUCUACGGGCCAAUUCCCGUUCAUGUGGCCAAUCUAUUGGCGCAUUUUUCGCUUCAUGGGAUCAAUUUAGCCACUGCCCUUCUCGAUAGACUUAUACUCUCAAUAGACUCAGGUCAACUACAGUUGACCGGGUCAAAGAGUGCCCUAUGCAUCGAGCCCAGCAAAGAAUACCAGGAUACCGCAAUAUCUAGUGCGUCAGACAUGAUUCCAAUGUUGGCUGGAGGCUCCAUGGGACAAAUAAAUGAAUCACCGGAUCAUUUUGCUUUGUCAAUGGGAAUGAUGAUCCUUGAUGGAGGUUCAAAAGACCAACUUCCUUGA